AUGAGUCUGUUUGGUGGUCAUCGACUCGGCCCUGUUUCGACCAAGAUAUUUGAUUCCCUUUGUGAAGCGCAAAAAUCACGAAAUCUUGACAAUAAUUUGACCCACAAGCUGCGUUUACUAUUAGAACAAAAUGAGGAGCUUGAAGAUGUUCAUGAGGAAAAAAAUAGGAUGCGCUUUAAAACCGAAGAUGGAAAACUAGGAAAAGCGGCCAUUGACAAUUGUCAGAAUGUAAUGCGCAAUAUGAAACCCGUGUUGCUGCCAAUUUUGGCAGUAACCUCGGAAAAAUUUGACGAAAUGAUCAGUGUGCUCGGCAAAGAGUUGGAAGAUAAUGACAGCUAUCUCGAUAUUAGUCGUGUUUAUGGUCGUAAGAAGGGAAAUAUUUAA